AAAACUAUUUAUCUUACGAUACAUUAUUUCAAAAUACAGUCACGUAAAUAUUUUAAUUGAUUUUAAAGUGAAACCAAUUAAAUCCUUCUCUGAAUAUCUAAAUUAAGCUAGGGGUUUAUGUUGAGAAGGGUUUUCAAUAGUUAAUCAUUUCCAUAUAAGUAGGAAGGUAUUUCUAGGAGAGGAAAGGUUGAAUAAUGACAGGUUGAAUAAUUAUUAAUGACCCAACAGAUUUUGCCGCUACAGAUUGUUGCAAAAACACACACACACACACAUACAAACACUCACACCUUGUACUAAAGUACUCUCUUGCGGGGUAGGCAGAGGUGCAUUGCUGCACCCACUUGCCAGUUAUGUUAGUCCCAAUGUAAUAGGGGCAGGCCUAUUGCAAUUUUACGGGCUCAUCCAAGACUCGAGAACAAAUCUCUGUGUUUAAACAAAUAUCUGCCCCAGCCGGGAAUCGAACCCGGGACCUUCGGUUGUUGCAAAAGUGGUAGAUAAUUUGAUUCUCCAUAGAAACUCUGUUGGUCACGUAACUUUUUGCCACGGGUGAAAGUUUUUAUUUCCACUAAAAAUAGAGUACCUAAAUCAGAAUGAUCCCCUGAGUAACCCUCUUACGACUCACUACAACCCUUUUUAACACCUUGUAUUUUUAUCACCGUCCAUUUGAUUCUUAAGAUGGAUUUAUAAAGGGUAGCUUACUCAAUGACUUUUGAAACAUUCUGUAUAUUUUAUCCCAGAUCAAACAUUAUAAUAUAAUUGCCACAAUUAUUAUUAUUAUUAGUUUAAAUACAUAGGAAAAUUGUUAUUGUGUUACCCCCCAUUAUGCAAUGAUGACCCCUCUCAGCUAGCAUUGACACUCUGAGUGGGGUCAGGUUUCUUUCCCCCAGACUGUACCUACCUAUAUAAAAAGUUCUGAAUAUAAGACAAUCGGUGGAUGUUAUACAUAUUUCAUGCAAUUUUCUAUUUCUUUCAGGUAAGUUUACUAGUUCACCACUGAAACAACUCCACAUAAAUGGUACGUAAUUUAAUUUCCCUCCUUUGAUGUCCAGUUUAAGUGCUCACAGAACGAAGUUUGUUAUCGAUUAUUUAUUCUGGGAAAUUCAACCAACUUAUAACGAUUUAAUAAAAAUCGAUUACUUUCCAAACCAUUCUAUAAAAACAAACGAGGCAUAUAAUUAAUUGAAUAAAUCGUUCGGCCGUCAAAAACCACGGCAAUCAAUAAACUUUGACGAAACAGAAAAAAAAACUGAAACAAAGAAAGCAGUUCCAAGUAUUUUCCAGACGCUUAAACUUGAGCCAAUGAGGCGCCAAUCAGCAACCGCCUCUUCGCGAAGGGCCUUUUUUAAAUUUCGAACACGCUGAAAAUCUUUCCGUCCAUUUUCGCACUUAAGUUGGCAUCCCUUUUUGCUCUCGGUACUGGCGGGGUAGUGUGGCGCCGCCCGCCGCCCGCGACGCGCGCACUGGCUGGCUCGGACCCGGAUUUAAAAACAAAAUAUUCGAAAACAUAUUCGAACUCUUUUGUAGUGAUUAUUCUGAGUGUAGUGUUAAAGUGUAGACGUUUUGCGUAGUCUAGGUGCAGUUGUAAAUGUGUUGUUAAAUUAGUGAACGUCGUGAUUAUGAAUAUAGGCGAUCGUUAGUGUUUCUUAUAAUACUGAUAGCUAGUUAGGUAUUUGAUGUGAACUUGUGGUGGAAAAGUGAAAUACAGAGUUAAAAACUUUAAUUUGAUAACUAAAACAAACACCAACGGACCUAGUAAACCGCCUUGCGGCACACCAACACCAAAAAACGUUAACCUCCAAAAUGGCGUCGUCAAACGGGCGGGAGAGUUCCAAAGUGACAGCCUCAGUCGACAGUCUCAAGCUAUCGACAAAAACGUCAGUGAGUUCGAAGCACGUGUCUUCAGAGUCGGUGCUAUCUCGGAAGGAGGUGGAGAGCCUUCAGCUCCAGGAGUGCAGGAAGAAGCUGUUGGGCGAGCAGCAGGUCAUCAUCAGAGACGAGACCGUGGCGUUGCAGCCGACCCAGAAGAAGAUCGUCAUGCCGACCACCGUCAACCCGGAGGAGCUAGCGGCGGCCACGCCGACGCAGCGCAACUGGCGCGGAAUCCUCAUAGCGCUGCUGGUCAUAGCGGCCGUGCUCGGACUCAUCGUGUUCAGCAUCGUCCUGCUCACACCCGUCACCGACGGGCAAGGAGUGAAAGGGAGGAGGCCGAGUCUGGCGCAGCUCUUCACGGACAAGUUCGUGCCGAAGCCCACCAACGCCACCUGGCGCUCAGACGAGGAGCUGGUGUUUCGCGACCGCUGGGGCGGGCUGACGCUGCUGCACGCGCGCAACCUCACCACGCGCCUGCUCAUCAACAACUCCACCUUCAGGGAGCUGAACGCGGUGGACUGGAAGGUGUCUCCGGACCUCAAGUUCGUGCUGCUGGUGUCGGACGCGCGGCCCGGCUGGCGCCACGCGCGGCGGGCGCGGUACCACGUGUACGAUGUGCUUAAUAGGAACAAGAUCCCGAUCUCCCCGCACGAGGACGACCGCUCGGCGCCGCUGCUGCAGCUCGCGGACUGGGCGCCCGUCGGCUCCGGGCUGGUGUUUGUACACGACAAUGACAUCUACUACAAGCCCAAGGUGCAGAAGGCGCUGGUUUGCAGGAUCACUAAUACUGGCGUCCCGGGAGUGGUGUUCAACGGCGUGCCGGACUUCCUGUACGAGACGGAGGUGCUGCGGCUGGACCGCGCGCUGUGGUUCAGCCCCGACGGACAGCACCUGCUCUACGUCUCCUACAACGAUACCGACGUGCAGGAACACAAGUAUCCGUGGUAUGGGCUAGAUUCUCCGGAGCCUCCAGCUUAUCCGAGCAUACGGACUCUCAGAUACCCCAAGAUGAACACCAAGAACCCGGUGGCGACCGUGUUCGUGGUGAGCGUGAAGACGCCCAAGUACCUGUUCCCGCACGCCCUCCAGCUCAACGCACCCGUCGACAAAGAGUGGUACGUGCGCUGGAGCGGCUGGACGUCGGAGCGGCAGGUGGCGCUGCUGCUGCUGAACCGCGCGCAGAACGUCUCCGUCAUCACCAGCUGCAACGCCAUGACCUACAACUGCCAGGAUAUAAUCCGUGACGAGGCCGACGAGUCUCGCUGGUCGGGGCUGGGCGCGGAGCCGGCGGACGAGGAGUGCGGCUGGUGCGGGGGCGCGGCGCUGGUGGGGGGGCGCGGGGGGGUGUUCACCUCCGCCCCCGUGCCCGAUGCGGAGGUCGGCACGUGGCGGCAUGCAGUCAAAGUGGCAGACAACGUUAAAACACCUCUUACGCAAGGCGCAUUCGAAGUAACACAAGUAUUGGGCUGGGAUGAACGAAGACGGCUGCUCUACGUGAUGGGCACGCGUGUGGACCGCGCGGGCGAGCGGCAUCUGUACCGCGUGGAGGUGACGGCCGAGGGGGCCGCGUGGCCGGCGCCGCGCUGCCUCACCUGCCCCGACGAGGGGAGGGACGAUGAGGAAGGCGUUAGUGAUGACCCGGAGCUGGACAACCUGACCUCAGCCCUGCCCUCGUGGCCGUCGUCCGCAGCGCCCGCGCUAGUGACUGAUGAGAACGACACGCUGCCCGCGCUGUGUCUCUACAACCGGGUUAUCUUCAGCAAGAACUUCUCUUACUAUGUGCAGGAGUGCCUGGGCCCCGGUCCGCCCGCCACGUUCCUGUGCGACUCGCGCGGGACUCGCGUCUCCGUGCUGUGGGACGGGCAGCCGCUGCGCCAGCGCUUCCUCGGCUUGGCCGCGCCGCAGUCCAGGGUCUUCAAGGUUGAGGUGCAAGCGAACAGAGCGGCGCGCGUGCGGCUGCUGCUGCCGCCAGGGUUCCGGGAGACCGACGACCUGCCGCUACCACUUGUUCUUCACGUAUCUGCGAUGCCGGGCCAGCAGCUGGUGACGGAGCGCUGGCGGCUGGACUGGGGCUGGUACCUCGCCGCCGCCAGGAACUUCAUCGUGGCGCAGAUCGACGCCAGCGGCUCCGGCGGACAGGGAGAGGAACUGCGAACCGAAAUCUACCACAAACUGCUCUCAGUGGAUGUUGAAGACCAAAUAGCUGUUUUAUCCUACCUCCGCGACAACCUGAAGAUGGUGGACGGGGCCCGGGUGGGUGUGUACGGGCGCGGCUACGGCGGCUGCGCGGCGGCGGCGCUGGCGGCGGACGACGCGCGCAACGUCACGCGCUGCGUCGCCGCCGUCGCGCCGCUCACGGAUCUGAGGCAUUAUAAUUCGUACUUCACGGAGCGCUACGGCGGCUACGGGUCCAGCUGGGCGGGCACACUGGGCGCGGCGGCGGUGUGGCGGCGCGCCGGCAACCUGCCCCCGCGGCGCCUGCUGCUGGCGCACGCCACGGCCGACCUCACUGCGCCGCCGGACCAUGCCCUCGCGCUGGCUAGGGCGCUGAUUAAAGCGGGCGCGGUUUAUAAUCAUCAGGUGUACCCGGACGAGGGCCACAACUUCGAGCGCUCCAAGCUGCACCUGCACACGACGCUGGAGCAGUUCUUCGACGACUGCUUCGGCCCGGUGGAGCUCGCCGACUGGGAGGUCGGCGGCGUCGGCGGACUGUUCCCGUUCAGGGAGUAGGAUGGACACGAGUUUGACA